CCCUUGCAAGGUGCACGGAUUGCACGAAUUGCAAAGUUUUCCAAUCCGUGCAAUGACACAACAACAAAACACAUGCUUAAAAUAUUUGCAAUUGCUGCAAUAUAUGCCACGUCUAAACCCAUGUAUAUUUCCAUGCAACGAAGCCUAGCAAAAAAAAUGCGACCCUGCGCCAGCUGUCUGUUGUCAUUUUGAAUUAGAUAUUUGCAGAAAUAGGUAAGUUUUGAGAUUUUCAUUUGUGAUUGUAAAAAUAAGCGAUUUGGAGACUCCACCGACAAAAAAAAAUAGGCAGCAGCCUAACAAAAAGUGGACUGAACGCGAAGUGCUCUUAAUUAUAGAUUUCCUGCAGGAUGAGGCAGAUUUUCAGGUUCCAACUGCUCAAUUCUUUUACAAAAAGUUCCUGGAGAAAACGCAAUUGAAUGCGUCGUGGGAGCUUCUAAAAUGGAAAGUGCGACAUUUGAAAUCCAAAUUUCGUGAGGCCAAUGGCAUGCUCUCUUCAAGUGGUGAAGGAUUACUAUCGGAUGCAGACGGCAGCAGCAUCGAAGCAAAAGUGGCAAAAAUAUGCCCACACUUUGAUCGGCUGAAAGAAGUUUUUGGCAAGCGGGUGCAAGACAGUCAGCCAAUCUUGCUAACGACUGACGAACUACUCCCUGUUUCGCCACAAUUGUCCCCAGCGAGUCCUGCUCUAGUAAACGAUGCCAUUUUAGAUGAGUCGACAAGUGCCGCAGUAAGUAUCGCGCCUUCCGGUAUGCAAGCUCUAACUGCGCCAUGUAUGGCACCGAGAACGACGAUCGCCUCGCGCACGCCAACCAAUUCGAUAAGUCAACUGGCUGCCAUCCAAAAGGAGAAAAUUUCUUUGGAAAAAAUUAAAUUGGAGUAUGAGAAAAAUAAAUUUGAAAGAGAUAAGAAGAUUGAAGAAAGUAAAGUUUUGAUGGAAGAGAAAAGAAUAGAAAUUGAGGCGAAGAAAGUUGAAUUGGAAGAUAAGUGGAAGGUACAAGAUAUGGAAGGNAAUUACAUGUUUGAUAAAUAUAUCUAA